GUCGCGAGCCAGCAGCAUCACACAGCCGAAUGAAGAUGGCGGAUCUAUAGACGAUGCUGUCAACAAGACUUUACAAAUAGCGGCUCUUUCUAAAUUUACCCCGGGUCCAAAUAUUCGUUUUUGGAUAGUCGGGCUCCAGAAGAAGGCUCGUUGAUGCUGAUGUUACAAUGGAGAUUCUUCAGCUUCUAGCAAAGCCUUUCGACUGCACUGUACACACAGACUUGGCUAAUCUGUGAAGGGUUUAGUUUUGGGGCUCUGCACUAAUCUGGACUGUGCGGGGGCUGGAUGUUUGUCACCGUCACCCUCCGUCCGUUCCCUCUCAGAUGUCACCACGGAGACGGGAGGAGGCUACAGGGAUAGGAGAGACGCGAGAAACCUGGAUUUAUUGCACAUUUUUUUACACAAUUAGAGGAGAAGCUGAUGGAUUAAGUGACUGACCAAAAGGAGCUCCGUCCACAGCAAGAAACUGACUGGAUAAGACACUUGGACUCGGGGAUUACUGUUUCCUAGCAUGGCCAGGUUUCUGCAGGGUGCACUGUUCACCAUCCUGCCCCUGUGGUGGUCAUCCGCAGAGCAGCCGUUGCUGAGAGCUGCGAAAGCGUCAGCCGCACUUCUCUGUUACCAGUAAUAAAGAAGGCUGUGUCGCAUCAAAUCGUACAUGUUUGUGGCAGCAUAAAGGCGUGGGAGAGAGACAAAUGAUCCUUUGAGGAGAGGCAGAGUACUGUCGUAAGAAUCAAGAGCAAGAAACCCAAUCGUCUUAAGUCAAGCAGUGGAGGAAGCUGACACGCUGUGUUGGAUUAAGAGUGCACACGUGUUGGUAUACAGCAACCUGACCGUGAAGCAAACCCGUUGAGUCGAGGUGGCCAGAGACGGAGUUUACAGGAGGACGCUAGUCAUGGGCUAUGGGGGCCAUGGUGACUUAACGUAAAUGGCUCCUCUUUGCUCAAAGUGUGUACCACUGUGUGCUGCUCAACCCUUUCCUUCCUUUCACUUUUCCCCCUGUAUCCCCUCUUCUUCUGGCUACGAAGGUCUGCUCACCCCAGUUGCUCCCUGGCUCCUGCUCUCCCUCUGUGGCGAUGGGGCUGUGGAAGCUCCUGCGGGGCAUCAGGCAGCUGGAGCUCCACCGCCUCAUCCUGGUGCUCAUUAUAUUUUGCCUACUGUCUAUGGCGCUCCUGGCUUACUAUGUCAGCAACAGCCCCAAGAUAAAGGAGGCACCUCCGCUGCCCUUCAGUGACUGUGGUGAAGUAGUCGCAGCAGGGGAUGGCCUCCAGCGCGUCCCGCUCUUCUUGCCCCCAUUUGUUGGCCGCCAGCGGACUGUCAAAACAGUAGACAACUCUCGCACAGAACCUGUUGUGCUAGUGUUUAUAGAGAGCAUCUACUCCCAGCUGGGACAGGAGAUCGUGGCCAUCCUGGAGUCCAGUCGCUUCCGUUACCACACAGAGAUUGCCCCUAGCAAGGGCGACAUGCCCACGUUGAUGGAACGAGACCGGGGCCGGUACGCUCUAGUCAUCUAUGAGAAUGUCCUUAAAUACGUCAACUUGGACGCAUGGAACCGAGACCUUCUCGACAAGUAUUGCUCAGAGUUUGGCGUGGGUAUUAUCGGCUUCUUCAAAGCCAACGAGAACUCGCUGCUUAGCGCUCAACUUAAAGGCUUCCCUCUUUUCCUGCACUCUAACUUGGGCCUGCGGGACUACAGAAUCAACCCCGUGGCACCGCUGCUCUAUGUCACUAAGCCCAACGAAGUGGAGCAAGGUCCACUGCCAGGUGAUGACUGGACUGUUUUCCAAUCCAACCACAGUACCUAUGAGCCUGUGCUACUAGCCAGCACCAAGUCAUCAGAGGCCCUAGCUCACCUUGGUCCCCAUCGAGUCCUGCAUGCCACCGUGGUGCAGGACCUGGGCCUUCAUGAUGGGAUCCAGAGAGUUUUAUUUGGCAACAACCUUUCAUUCUGGCUGCACAAGCUGAUUUUUGUCGAUUCUAUCGCUUAUCUAACUGGAAAGAGACUAUGCCUGUCUCUGGAGAGACACAUACUUGUGGAUGUGGAUGACAUCUUUGUGGGAAAGGAAGGAACGCGCAUGAAGGUGUCAGAUGUGAAGGCUCUCCUGAACACACAAACCAAACUACGAACGCUAGUCCCAAACUUUACCUUCAACCUCGGCUUCUCCGGAAAGUUCUACCAUGCAGGGACUGAAGAGGAGGAUGAAGGCGAUGACAUGUUGAUGCAGCACAAGGAGGAGUUCUGGUGGUUUCCUCACAUGUGGAGUCACAUGCAGCCGCACCUCUUUCACAACGUCAGCGUGUUGUCCGAGCAGAUGAGGCUCAACAAACUCUUUGCACAGGAGCAUGGGAUCCCCACUGAUAUGGGCUAUGCCGUGUCACCACACCACUCCGGGGUUUACCCUGUACACAGCCAACUCUACGAGGCCUGGAAGAACAUUUGGGGGAUUCAGGUGACAAGCACGGAGGAGUAUCCCCACCUGAGACCAGCCCGCCAUCGUAGAGGGUUCAUACACAACGAUAUACAGGUGCUGCCCAGGCAGACUUGUGGUCUCUUCACACACACUAUCUUUUAUAAUGAGUACCCUGGAGGCUCUCGUGAACUGGACAAAAGCAUCCGUGGAGGAGAGCUCUUCCUCACCGUUCUUCUCAACCCAAUCAGCAUCUUUAUGACUCACCUGUCUAACUAUGGGAAUGACCGCUUGGGCCUGUACACCUUUGAGUCUCUAGUAAAGUUUGUUCAGUGCUGGACCAACUUACGACUUCAGACUCUGCCCCCUCUGGAGCUGGCAGAAAAGUACUUCCAAAUCUUUCCAGAGGAGAGGGACCCACUGUGGCAGAACCCCUGUCAUGAUAAGAGACAUAAAGACAUCUGGUCUAAAGAGAAGACUUGUGAUCGGUUGCCCAAAUUUCUCGUUAUUGGCCCCCAGAAAACAGGAACCACAGCCUUGCACUCUUUCCUCACCCUGCACCCAGCAAUCACUAGCAGCUUCCCCAGCCCCGUCACUUUUGAGGAGAUCCAGUUCUUCAAUGGCCCCAGCUACCACAAUGGCAUCGACUGGUACAUGGACUUCUUCCCCUUCCCCUCGAACGCCAGUACAGACUUCAUGUUUGAGAAAAGUGCUAACUACUUUGACACAGAGGUGGUCCCCAAGAGGGCUGCAGCCUUAUUGCCCAGGGCCAAGAUCAUCGCUGUGCUCAUCAACCCAGCCGACAGAGCCUACUCCUGGUACCAGCACCAGCGGGCUCAUCAAGACCCAUCUGCUAUAAACUACACCUUCCAUCAGGUGGUGACAGCAGGACAGUCAUCCUCUAAAGAGCUCCUGGUGCUGCAGAGCCGUAGCCUCAAGCCUGGAGAGUACGCCACUCACCUGGAGCGUUGGCUACUGCAUUUUCAGUCCAAACAGCUACAUAUAGUCGAUGGAGCUAUGCUGCGCUCCAAUCCUGCCGUGGUCAUGGAGGGAAUCCAGCGGUUUCUAGGAGUCACCCCUAUUUUUAAUUACACCCAGGCUCUCAUGUUUGAUGAGAGUAAAGGGUUCUGGUGCCAGAGGAUAGAGGGAAGUCGUCCUAAGUGUCUGGGAAAGAGCAAAGGCAGGAAAUAUCCAGAAAUGGCUCCUGAGACGCGUGCUUUCCUGACGGAGUAUUACCGGGAGCAUAACAUGGAGUUACUGCGACUGCUGAACCGACUCGGCCUGACACUUCCCUCCUGGCUCAGAGAGGAGUUACAGAGCAGUAGCUGGAGCUGAGAGAAUCCUGCUGUACCCGUACACACUCAACACAUAGGAGCCUGACAAUCGAGAGAGGCGUACACUCAGGGCUGAGUCAAACCCGGCUACUCCUUGCAACACUAUAGGAUCAACCACACUGUAGUGACUAUGAGCUGCGGUGUGUGAUCAUGGAUACAGAGGGAAUACUUGGACUGCGACAAUCAGCCCGUCCCUUAGGCAUGAUGGUAACACAUGGUCUUAUUGAUCCUGUUGGACUUGGGAGGAUGAGGGUGAAUGCUGGUAAUCCUUCACUCUGUGGAUGCAGCUUUGUUUUGACUAAAUCCAGACUUUUCUCACCAGGACUUGGGUACACCAAAAGUGUGGAACGCAUGAAUGAACUCAUGAAUUAUCCGCACUUACACUAGCCUUGCUCAUCUCUUCAGAGAAAUGAUUGUAAAACAUUGUACAUUUUAAAGUGUUGUAUAUUUUGGGUCUGAUUGGGUCUGAUGGGAUCCUGAUGAAAUGGACACGAUCUCAGCCGUGACUUUAGUGUACAGGACAGACCUCGGUUUAAGCAGGGCAUGUAGAAAGCGCCAGUCUGCAGCUCCUCUCCUCUCCUCAUACACGGACUAUGCACAAUGAGGUGUUUAGAACUUAUGCAAGAAGUUGAUGUGAAGUCUAGUGUCCCAUCAUAAUGUCGACAACAGUGUCUGUCUAAAGUGAAUUAUGAGCUCUCUGCAAAUCUCCAAGCAUCUUUUAAACAUGACCUUUUUUUUUUUUAAUCCAAAUGUACACUGUGACCAGUUGCAGUGUGCCUCAUGCAAAUGUCAAGUCUGUCCUGUUCUGUGUAAGGAUCUUUGAGUGGAGAGAGGAGAAGGGCUGCAUUAUGAACCUGUGGUAUGCCCUGCAAACACGAGUUACUGUCUACUUUUAUUUUUUAUUUUGUAAAAAAAAAAACACAAAAAAACUUUUAAAACACCCAACGCUGUAUCAUCUCUAAUAAACGCUUAGAGAGGUUGGAAAGGCA